CACUUGUUAUCAUUUGGUUUUACUCCUUUUGCAUUUAAGUGAAGCGAGCAUUAUAAAGAUUCAGCAGCAGCCAGCACUCCAAAAAAAUCUCGACAACUAUUGGUAAAGAAGAAGAUGCGGACUGAGAUGAAGAGACGGUGCCUUGAAUUAUUGACCUUAGCAGUGCUUCUUAUUCUCCUUACCGGAGAAGUUGCGGAGGCGGCUUCUACCACCAGAGGCAGCAUCAACGCCACCAGAAUUUCUGAAUUCAUAGGGGACCAAGAGUUCUUGCUCGAGUCAGAAGUGAACGCAAGGAUUCUCGCGUCGGACCCACCCCUGAUUUACAGGACAAAUAUGAAACCUGCAAUUUGUAAAGAUAAGGUUUAUGCAAAUUGCCUACCAGUAGGCGGCAGACCCGACCGUUGCUCCCCUUACGACCACUGCCGAGGGUCCGGAUAGUGACGACCAUCUCUAUUGAUACUAUACAUGCUGCAUCAGUACUGAAGUGGGUUUCAAGCUGCGCAUGAGUUGUUAAUUAUAAAUAAGGUGAAGAUGGAAUAUUAAGAAUGUUUCAGCUUCUAGUUACUUAUUAUAAUGUUUUCCCCCGAUUCAUCUCUCCGUCUGUAAUUUCAAAGGAUAUGACCACAUGGAAUUACAUGGGUCAUAUCCAUAUAUAAUAUAAUUAAGCUAUAUAUGUACGUAUUAAUCAAAAUCAUAUAUCGAUAUGUAUGUUAAU